GUCCCCAAUCGAGUGAACAAGAAAACUCGCAUCUUAUAAUAAUCCCCUUCUCUGUGGGUCUUCUUGUGGUGAGAGAACUAGGAGGCAGAAAUGGCGGAAUCUCCUGUGCAUGUGAACCUGGUCCCGAUCGAAGCUACAUCCGAAAGCUUCGCAGAUUAUGGUCAAGUCAUCGAAGCCUCCUCAGAUGGUGAUCUCUUCGGUCCUAACGACGCUCAGUUAGAUCUCUCCAGAGGAACCCCACGUUUCUAUAUCAUGCGGCUCGAAGGUCGAUCCUUUGGCUUCUCAACGAUCACGCACCACGCGAACGUGACGCAGUGUUUGGGAUCUGUAGGAGGUCACGUUUGGUAUCUCGGCGUAGCGAAGCCAUCUCUUAUUGAAGAUGUUGGUGGAGAAAGAGGAACAAGAGUUGUAGAGUCAGGGUCCGAUGGUCACUUGUACGCGCCUCCUACGGUUGAAGAAGUGCGAGUCUUCAGGUUUUCAGGACCGAAGUUUGUUAAGCUGAACCGUGGUACGUGGCAUGAUGGGCCGUUCUUCAGUGACAGCUCCAUGGACUUCUACAACCUUGAGCUGAGCAACACAAAUGAGAUGGAUCACACGAGACAUAGUUUCAAGAAGAAGAAUGGGGUCAUCUUCCGGUUUGAGGAUAGCACAUCAUCCUAAAGUCAAAAAUCCUAUAAGAUGAUCAGUGUGGUUCUGUUUUCAUGUCUUUAUAAGCAAAUAAAAUGAGAAACGUUUUUCUUGUUGUAUUCAAUGUGCCAACACUGUCUGUGUACAAAUUGGUUCAUCUAUUGACUCACUAUCCAAAAAAUCCCACCA